GUGCUCACCAUGGUUCACUCAGUAUGACUGCGUACUAGUCUGAUUUUUAACAUUAUGCCUGAGCCUUCUUGAGCUCAGAGUGUUUCUGCAACCAAUUCAACAUACGUUUUAAAAAGAGGAAUCUAUGGAAGUCUGGGAUUCUGGCAGUGUCAAAUGAAACAAUUCAAGCUGUGUUAGGUCCUGGGUGUACACGAAUGUGACCUUUUUCUUCUUGAAGUACCCAGUAACUGAGAAGUCAUUGUCGUUUAUCUCUAGUUAAUGAACCCCAGGUGUCUCUUCCCAUCUGCCAGAGUAAGGAGACUCCUGUGUGUACUCUGCAGGAGAAGGCAGAAUCAUGUGAGAAAUUGGAAGAAGAAAAAGCAACCUCUAGGAAGUCUGUCAUAGUAGUAACCACUGCCUCUGGGGAAGAAAUAGAAGAUGAGAUUGUGGAAAUGUACUUCGAAAAUAAAAAGAAGUCUGGUGGGGGGAUCAUCAGGUCCUAUGUCAAAGAGGGUCAGCGAGUGAUCAUCACCUUUGAGGAUGAGCAAGAUGCCCAAGAAGUUUUGCAAAGGAAGCAUCACAAGGUGAAGAAAAUUGAUCUGUUUGUGAAGCCAUGGCAAGUGGACACUCUGCAGGAGCCAUGCCAAGCGGAGAACUCUGAAGGAUCCCUGCCUUCCACCUCAGUUGUGCUGGAGAAUAUGAAGGAGACAGCAAAAGAUUGCAUGGUUAUUAUGCUGGUAGAGAACAUCAGCGGCUUGUCAGAGGAUGAUGGUGACUUCAGUGUGGAAAUGAUCCCUGAGUUACGUGCUGCUGUAGUUACUUUUACUGCAAAUACUGAUACGGGGGAAUUUGCUAAAAAGGUUAAUCAAAACCACAGAGCAAAGCAACAAAACAUUACUGCACGGUGCCUCGAGCUAACAAAGAGCAUUAGGGCUGAAAAUAUACCACCCAACACAUCCAGUGACUAUAUAACCAUUUACUUUGAAAAUAAGAGGAACGGAGGUGCACAAGUGACGGAUGUUCAACAGCUGCCUGACGAAGAUGCAGCUAUCAUUACAUUCAGUGACCAUAAAGAUGUAACAAAUAUCCUGGCAAAGAAGCAUACAAUCAACAAAACGCCAAUCUCUGUCUAUCCUUACUACACCUCGCUGGGAACAGCUCUAUAUGGAAAGGAAGGGCCACAGAUAAAGAAGCCAGAUCCAAUUACAUUGCCUCUGGACCCUUAUAUCUGGAAUUAUUUGCAAAAAAAUAGCAGCCUCAUUGCAGCCAUAAAUUGUGAAAUGGCAAAGUGUAAUUGUGUGCCAGCGUGGCCUGAACCCCACUGUGCAGACCCAAAAGUUUCCUUGCAUCCUUCUGCUGUUUUGUGUGAGCGGAAGAGAUCAGUAUCUCAGUUGGUCAAGUCAUGGAAGGAAAAUGUUUCCGCAGCCUUUUCACAAAGCAUAUCAAAGUAUGAAGCAAUUCAAUGUCAAGUAAGCGCAGAGGUGUGGGAAGCCAUUAGAAACAGCUUUCCCUGUGAUGAAGUUCUGAUGAUCCCAUGUAUUUCCAAGGAUUUACUUGUUCUAGUGGGAGAAAAAGAAGUUGUGAGUAACGUUGAACAAGAACUGAAGGUUCUGAUUGAAAAGGCCAUCAGAGAAAUUGAAAGAGAAAAGCAAAGAACUGAACAAGUGGUGACAGUGAGUCCAGGGGAAUAUGGAAUUUUACAGGUUUCUGGCCUGGAAGAAAAAUUUCGUAUGGAGUUCCCAGGUCUGAAAAUAACUUACGAUUAUUUGCAGAAAAUAAUUAGCCUAUGUGGUGUGCCUGAGGAAGUUUAUAAAGUAAAAGGGGAAAUAUUCGAUACUAUGCACAAAAUGGUAAAGAAAACAGUUAAUAUCCACCCUUAUAUUUUCCAGUUUUUAGAGCAUAUUGAUAAUGAAACCCUGUCACAGAGUCUGUUUAUGUCAAAACAAAUUAGUGCCUUUUAUGAGCUUGGCACAGGAGCUGUCAUCUUGAAUGGGAGUACUCCUGAAGAUAUCCUAAAAGCAGAAGAAGAAAUAAAGAAGGAACUGGACUACAGAAGCAUUGCAUUGGAGGAUGAGUCAGUCCUCCGGGAGGAGGAAUGGCAGAUGCUCACCAAGGAAAACUGCUCUAAUGAAGCUGUAACAGUCACUCAGGCAGGAAGUCAGGUCGUCAUUGCUGGUUGUUCUCAAGCAGUAGCAAAAGCCUUUGAGGAACUUUCCAGCUUUAUAGAUGAAAACACACAGGUACAAAGGGUCAUUGGAGGAAAGCCCAUGGCGGUCAUAAUGUUCUUUGAGAAAGAGAAGGUUGAUGUUUGGGGUGGCUUACUGAAAAAAGGUGUGAAAGUUGACUUUAGCACACAGAAAAAGUGUAGGGUUAUAUCCUUGAGUGGAUCAAGGCCAAAAGUGCUGGAAGGAGUCAGCCUAGUUGAGCAAAUACUAUCUGGCCUGUACUAUAAGCGUGUGGUAAUUGGAGCACCAGGAGCCAAGUCAUAUUUCAAAGAGCAUGAACGGGUUUUGGCCUCCCAUGCAAAACAAGAGUUUAAAUGUUUAGUCCGGCUGGAAGAGCACUCAGAAGAGCACCUGGAAGAACAGCAAGAACAUAGUAAUGAAGGCAAGCCCUAUAUGCAAGUGACCAUGGGUGAAAUUGUAAUAGCAGUUUAUAGAGCUGACUUAUGCACUCAUUCUGUUGAUGUUGUGGUGAAUGCGUCUAAUGAAGACCUAAAGCACAUUGGUGGCCUUGCUGAUGCACUGUUAAGAGCUGCUGGUCCAGCACUGCAAGAAGAGUGCGAUGAGCUGGUGAGGAAGAACGGGCAUUUCCAGCCCGGGAGCGCAGUUCUCACGGGCGCUGGGAAACUCCCCUGCAAGAGCGUCAUUCAUGCUGUUGGGCCCAGGUGGAGGAAGGAGGAGCCAGAAAGGUGCGUGGACUUGUUGAGGAAGACAGUGAAGAAAAGUCUAGAACUAGCUGAAACAUACAAUUGUUCUUCCAUAGCUCUGCCUGCUAUAAGUGGAGGGAUUUUUGGCUUUCCACUGGAACUCUGUACAUAUUCAAUUGUAUCCUCUAUCAAGGAGACCUUGGAAGGAUCCAAGGGGGACAGCAGCUUGAAGGAAGUUCAUCUUGUGGAUAUUGUACAGGAUAACAUUCAGGCUUUCAGCAAGGCACUUAGAGAAGUGUUUCCAGAUUCUUCACCUUCCUACGGGUCCCUGCAUCAGGCCAGUAAAAUUCCUCAACCUAGAGAGCGCAAAAUUUCUCAAAAAAGCAAGAACUUACCAUGCAUAACAACUGAGGAAGGCCUUGAUAUUGUGCUGCAAACAGGAAGCAUUGAAGAUGCUACAACAUCCAUUAUUGUCAUCAGUGUUGGCAAAGAUCUCCAGCUUGAUAAAGGGCCACUUGCUAAAGCUUUGCUAAGCAAGGCAGGGCCAAUGCUUCAGACAGACUUGAGAAAAGAAGGCCUAGGAAGAGCUGAGGAGGGAGCUGUAUUGAAAACAAAUGGUUACAAUCUAGACUGCAGUGUUGUGCUUCAUGCUAUUGUACCUGCGUGGUUCCAGAGAAAAACAUCUUCAAAGGUCUUUGGUGACAUCAUUACAAAAUGUCUGGAGAUUGCUGAAGAACUGUCUCUAAAGUCAAUUACUUUCCCAGCAAUUGGGACAGGAAAUUUAGGAUUCCCAAUCUUUAUUGUUGCUGAAUUAUUGUUUGACAAGGUGUUUGAAUUCAGUAGUAAAAAUGGUGUAAAUUCUCUUGAGGAAGUUCACUUUCUAUUGCAUCCAAAAGACACAACUCAUAUUCAGGUAUUUUUAGAUGAACUUGAGAAGAGGUGUGGAAAUACUGCAGGUGUUGAAAUGCAGAAGCCUUCUCCAAAUGAGGCUGGCCAAGGCACAGCUUUUUCUACUACCUCUUCAACCUCAGCACAUAAUUUACUUGAGAUGACAAUUGGCUCCAUCAUGUUCCAAGUGGCAGAAGGUGAUAUUACCAAGGAAAAGGGAGAUGUCAUUGUAAACAUAACAAACCAAACCUUCAACCUCCAAACAGGUGUCUCAAGAGCAAUUCUGAAUGGUGCUGGAAAAGCAGUUGAAGUUGAAUGUUGUCUACUAGCCCAGAAACCUCACAAGAGCUAUAUCAUCACCCAAGCAGGAAACCUGCCAUGCAAAAAAAUAAUCCAUUUUGUUGCCCAAGAUGAUAUCAAGUUUCUAGUUUUCCAGGUGCUCCAGGUGUGUGAAUUACAGGGGUACACCUCUGUCGCCUUCCCAGCAAUUGGAACAGGAGAGGCAGGCCGCAAUCCUGCUGAGGUAGCUGACAAGAUGAUAGAUGCAGUAACUGACUUUGCAAGAAGGAACUCUCCUGCAUCUGUGAAAACUAUUAAAGUUGUCAUCUUUCAGCCACAUCUGCUGAGUGUGUUCCAUGCAAGCAUGCAGAAAAGAGAAAGGCCUACUAAAACACCAGUCAAAUCAUUUAUUUCCAAGAUAAAAUCAUUCCGGAGCCCUGAGAAACGUUCCCUAAAGGAAAAAAACACAGGAGUUUUGGAAAAGAAAAUCGACCCGGCUGUUGUGCAAAUUUGCGGUGAAAUUAAAAAGGAAGUGGAAGAAGCUGAAAACUGGCUGAGAAGUGCAAUUUCAAAGGAACAGCUUCAGAUAGAAAUUGUAGAUGACUCCAUCUCUCAUUUCAGUAAAGAAGAGAAUGAGGAACUGCAUCACCUACAAAAGAAAUUAAAAAUUGCUCUUUAUUUGAAGGGUACCUCUAUUGGAAUUUCAGGUUUUGGGAAAGAUGUCUGGAUUGCUCAUUCAGCUAUUCAGAAAAUGAUCCUCAGGGUAAAAGCUACUAAACAGGAAGAGGUCCAAGCAGGACUUUUAAAAAAUUUAAUUGAAUGGCAAUAUUUUGAAGAGGAUUCCUAUGUGCCCUUUGAUAGUCUUACAAAUAUGCAGUUGGAAAAUGCUUACAGGGGAAAGCAGAAAAGUAUUUCAGUCACCAUUGGUGGGAAAAAAUACACAGUGGAUAUGAAACUUAAAUAUGCUGUGGAUGACCAAGGAAAACAAACAGCCAUCAGACGUGUCGAUAAAUCUGAAGAUCAAGAGUCAACAGUGCUCCCUGCAACAUGGGACAAUAUGGAAAAUGAGCGACUCAAAAUAGUGGAACUAAGACCAGAAACAAGAGAGUACAGAGAUGUGCAGGAAAGGUUUCUGCAGACCUGUCAGUCAUUCAGAAUUGAAAAGAUUGAAAGGGUACAGAACCCAUAUUUUUGGAAGGCCUACCAAAUAAAAAAGCGUGAAAUGGAUAAAAAAAAUGGCAACACAAAUAAUGAGAGGCUUCUGUUUCAUGGGACGAGUAAAGAGUCAUUAACCUUAAUUAACAACCGUGGAUUUGACCGGAGCUAUGCUGGAAUGCACGCUGCAAACUUCGGAAAUGGAACGUACUUUGCUGUUAAUGCCAACUAUUCUGCCCACGACAACUACUCUAAACCAGACAUGAAUGGGAAGAAGCACAUGUACUUGGCUCGAGUCCUUGUUGGAGAAUAUUCUCAGGGCAGAAAAGGAGCGAUCACUCCAGAACCAAAAAAUGCUAGUAACUCUAUAGAUCUGUUUGACAGUUCGACUGAUGAUGUGAGCCGGCCAUCCAUGUUUGUAAUUUUUAAUGACAUUCAAGCUUACCCAGAAUACCUUAUCACUUUCACUAACAGCCUCACAAAUAUGCAGUUGGAAAAUGCUUACAGGGGAAAGCAGAAAAGUAUUUCAGUCACCACUGGUGAGAAAAAAUACACAGUGGAUAUGAAAUUUAAAUAUGCUGUGGAUGACCAAGGACAGCAAACAUCCAUUAGACAUGUUGAUAAAUCUGAAGCUGCGACGGGGGUCCCGAGGAGCCGGCCUGGAGCAGAUGUGUCGCGACAGACGGCAGCGGAGCCCCGAGAGGCGGGUGCCUGCCGGGAAAAGGCGCGGCCGCCGCUCUGGGAAGCGAAAGCGAAAGCGGCGGGGAGCGGAUCCGUCGGUGCGGCGAUGGCGGGGCAGCGCCCAGGCGCCUUCCCGCUGCUGGUGCGCGGGGACUGGGGCUCCGCCGAGCCGCCGCCCGCCCUGAAGAAGAAGCUGCUCUGCUACUUCCAAAGCCAGAAGCGCUCGGGAGGCGGCGAGUGCGAGCUGCGGGCCGGGACCGACGCCGAGACCGGGACCGGGCACCUCCUCGUCUGCUUCGCCCGCCCCGAGGUGAAGCAACGAGUUCUUCAGAGACAGCCUCAUGAGUUGCAUUUGGAAGGAAAAGGAAAAGUGAAGUUGACUGUCACAGAGCCUGAAACCACACGAGCUACUGAAGAGGAGACACUUGAAGAAAAACUAGCUCCCACAGAGGCUCUGGAUGCCAUGAGCAACCUUCAAACAAAAGAGAGUUUUGUUCCAAGCAGUGAACUCCAGGAAGAAGCUAGCUCUGCAGAGACCUCACCUUCGGUGGUGUUUGAGAACAUACAAAAUUGCAGUCCAAACUGCUUACAUUUGCUGUUGGAGAACAUCAGCGGCCUGACUGUAGAUGAGGACUUCACUGUGGAAGUGAUACCUGAAAUAAAUGUUGCUGUAGCUACCUUUAUACAAAGUCUUGAUACUGAAGAAUUUGUGAAAACAUGUUUACAACACAAGAGAGUCAGAGAAUUCAAAAUGACUGCCAGGGUUCUUGAAUUGACCCGGACCAUCAAGGCUGAAAACCUACCGGACAGCAUUUCCCCAGAUUACAUCACAGUUUACUUUGAGAGUGCGCGGAACGGAGGGGGGCCUGUGUCAGAUGUCCAGCACUUCCCUGAGGAGAACUCAGCCAUCAUUACUUUCUGUGAUCGCAAAGAUGUGAACACAGUCUUGGAAAAGCAGCAUUUGCUGGAACAGACACUGAUUUCUGUGCAUCCCUAUUACCACUCCCUGGGAACAGCUCUCUACGGAGGAGAAAGACCAACUAUCAAGAUGCCAGACCCCGUUGGGGUGCCACUAGACCCGUAUGUCUGGCAGUUUUUACAAAGGCAUGAUAAACUGAUCCAAGGCAUAAACCAGGAAAUGGCAGUUUGCCAUUGUGAGCUCAAAUGGCCCCAGGGAGACCGUGCAAACCCCAACGUCACGUUGUGCCCUUCGUCAUCUCUCUCUGAGCAGAGCAAGACAAUGAUUAAGUUGAUCAAGACGUGGAAGCAAGAUGCUUCUGAGGAGUUCUCACGUAUCAUGGCACGUUACACAGCUAUAAAAUGUAAAGUCAAGUCAGCAGAUUGGGGAGAUGUGAAAACCAGGUUGUUGGAAGAUGUUUCUUUGAUCAUAACUGAUAUUUCUGAGGACAUGGUGGUGAUUGCAGGCAGCAGAGCAGCAGUGGAGAGCGCAGAGAAAGAAGUGAGGGAAUGCAUGGAAAAGGCCAUGAAGCAAAGUGAAAGGGAAAAACAAAGCAUAGAAAUUUCUGUGCCAGUGGUCCCAGGGAAGUAUGCUGUGCUACACAGUGCUGGGUUAGAAGAGAAUAUUCACAAGGAAUAUCCGUGCCUCAGGAUCUUUUAUGAUGACAAAAAAAAGGCUGUUCAGUUGUGUGGAUUACCUGCGGAAGUAUAUAAAAUCAAAGCUGACUUACUGGAAAAGGUGUUGAGUAUGCCUUGUACAUCAGUGUCCAUUGAUCCCCAUGUUUUCCACUAUCUACAGGGUUUGGAUAAUAAAAAUAUGUCAGAUACAUUAUUCCUUCAGAAAAAAAUUAAUACUUUUUAUGAACUUGAGAAGGAUACUGUGUUGCUGUAUGGAGAUACUCUCACAGACCUUUUAGAAGCAGAAAAGCAAAUAAAAACCAGCUUAGAAUCCAAGUGCAUCAAUGUGGAGGACGGUGAGGUCGUGAAAAAAGAGCAGUGGAAGAAACUUCUUGUCUCCUUGCAUAAGACAUACAGUUCUUCCCAGGAAACUGUAAUCACUGAGCAGUCUGUUGGAAAAGAAAAUAAAGUGAUUAUUGCUGGGUUUUCUAAGGCUGUGACAGAGGUUUAUCAGAAGCUUAAUGAUUUUAUAGAUAAAAACACGCUUGUGGAAAAAAUAAUCCCAGCAAAUUCAGUGGUGGUAGAGUUCAUAGAGAAGGAGAAAUCUGGUGCUUAUUGUGAAUUGAGGAAGAAAGGGGUGACAGUACGUUUUGACAUCAAGACACCAUGUAUUUCCCUGAGGGGACCAAGAGCAGAAGUGCCAGAAGCAGUCAACAUGUUUGAAAAACUUGUCUCAUCCCUUUACUCAAAAAAUGUGCCAAUUGAUAAGCCAGGAGCCAAAGAGUUCUUCAUUGAGAGGCAAGAUUCCUGUGUUUUUGAGGCAAAGCAGAAAUUUAGCUGUUUCAUUAGAAUCAAGGAAGAAGAAGAAAAACAACAACAACAAUGGAAGGGUGAGAAAGUGAAAAGAAAGCUCUACUACGAAACAAGACUGCCACAUGGAAUUGUAGUAGCAGUGUAUAAAGGUGACUUGAGUGAUUAUCCUGUUGAUGUUGUGGUGAAUGCAUCUAAUGAAAACCUACAGCUCCUUGCUGGCAUUUCUGGGGCACUGUUAAGAGCUGCUGGUCCAGCACUGCAAGAAGAGUGCGAUGAGCGGGUGAGGAUGAUCGGGCGUUUCCAGCCCGGGAGCGCAGUUCUCACGGGAGCUGGGAAACUCCCCUGCAAGAGCGUCAUUCAUGCUGUUGGGCCCAGGUGGAGGAAGGAGGAGCCAGAAAAGUGUAUAUGGUUGUUAAAAAAGGCAGUGAAGAAAAGUCUAGAACUAGCUGAAACAUACAAUUGUUCUUCCAUAGCUCUGCCUGCUAUAAGCGGAGGGAUUUUUGGCUUUCCACUGCAGACAUGUGCAGAUUCAAUUGCAUCUGCCAUCAAGGAGACCCUGGAAGGAUCCAUGGGGGACAGCAGCUUGAAGGAGGUCCAUCUUGUGGAUAAUGCUGAAGAAACCGUUCAGGUCCUGAGUGAGACAGUAAAAGAAGUGUUUUCAGGUAAAUCAUCCUCCCCAAGACCGCAUGUGGAAAGCUGUAAGAUGAGAAAAAGGCAGAAGGAGAAGACAAAAGAAGAUGGGAAGAUGGUUACUACAAAGGAAGGACUUUGUGUCCAUGUAGAGGAGAAAAACACUCAGGAAGCCACGACGGAUGUUGUUGUCAACAGUGUUGGCUCAGAUCUGCAGUUUGGCGUGGGGCCUCUUUGCAAAGCCUUGCUGGAAAGAGCUGGACCAGCACUCCAAGUAGAGUUUGACAAAGAAAAACAAAGUCAGGCUUCUGGUCCAGGGAGUGUGGUCUGCACCAGUGGACAUGCUCUGGCCUGCAAGUCCGUGUUUCAUGCCAUACUACCCGGGUGGAAUGGAGCAGAGACAGAGAAGGUCCUAGAAGAUGUAAUCAAUUUGUGCUUGAAGAAAGCUGAAAAACUUGGACUGAAAUCGAUCUCUUUCCCAGCUAUUGGGACCGGAGGAUUUGGAUUUCCUAAAACCGUUGUUUCUAAGUUAAUGUUUGAUGUGGUGUUUGAGUUCAGUAGCAGCCACACUCUGAAAAAUCUCCAGGAAGUUCAUUUUCUCUUGCAUCCAAAAGACAUUGAUAACAUUCAGGCUUUUACCACUGAACUAGAACAUAGGGUAGCUGCAAGUUGCAAUGCUGCAGCACCACAGCCAAGUUUCAUUACGCCUGUUUCUACUGAAGUAUUGGGAGUUCAUGAAAUGAGGAUUGGUUCCAUCACGCUCCAAGCAAUUAGUGGAGAUAUUACCAAGGAAGAUACAGAGGUUAUUGUAAACAUAUCAAAUCCAUCAUUCGAUGCCAAAACAGGGGUCUCCAAAGCCAUUAUGGAUGCUGCUGGUUCCCAGGUGGUAGACGAAUGUGCUCAAUAUGCUGGGCAGCAUCAAAGUGGCUUUAUUACUACACAAGGUGGAAAUCUGUUGUGCAGUAAAAUCAUUCACUUGCUUUCCAAUAACCACGUGAAGAGUCAGGUCUCCAAAGUGCUUCACGAGUGUGAGCAAAGGAUGUACAAAUCUGUUGCCUUCCCAGCUAUUGGAACAGGUCAAGCAGGACAGAGUCCAGCAAAGGUGGCUGAUGAAAUGUUGGAUGCCAUAGUGGAAUUUGCAAGCAAAAAAUCAGUACAGCAUUUACAGACAAUUAAAAUCGUCAUCUUCCAGACAAAUAUGCUGAAGGACUUCUAUGAAAGCAUGAAGAAAAGAGAAGAUUUGGAGUCAUCCACGGCGGAUUCCUGGUUUUCUGUGCUUAAAUCCUUGCUUUGGGGCAAAAAGCAGUCUACUGAGAAGAAAAAGCCCAUGAUUUUGGAGAAGAAAGUCAAUUUAGUCACGUUUCAAAUUUGUGGAGAAAGCCGAGAAAAUGUGGAUGCAGCUGAGUCCUGGAUAAAGGAUUUAAUUUUAAAGGAACAGAGUGAAACUACUUUUACAAAUGAGCUAAUUGAAAGUUUUGGUGAGAGGGAAAUUGCUACUUUAGUAGAUCUCCAGAGAAGAAAGCAUGUCACCAUUCAGCUUGACAGUAAACUUUCUCCCCCAGUAAUUACUAUUUCUGGUAUUAGCAGAGAUGUCUGGUUUGUUUUGGUAGAAAUUCAGACAAUGAUCCAAAAAAUGAAGGAUGUUGAAGAAGAACAAUCCAAGGCAGAACUUCUUUCUAACCUGGUAGAAUGGAGGUAUCUAGGAAGCAACGAUACCUUUGUUGCUUUUGAUAAACGGACAAAUAUGCAGCUGGAGGAUGCCAGACUAGCUAAAAAACCAUAUCUCAAUGUCAAAAUCAACAAGAAGAACUACAAGGUGGAUCUGAAUACUCUACAGGCUCAUGAUGACCAAGGAAAAACUAUAAACAUUCAGCGUGUGUCAAAGAAUGAAGAGCUCCCUAAGGAGUGGGAAGACUUGCAAAAUGAACAGGUCAAACUGGUGAAUCUCAAGACAUCACAUCCGGAUUAUAGAACAGUUGAGAAGAUGUUUAGGACAACCUGUGGCAACUUUACCAUAGAGAAGAUUGAAAGAGUACAAAAUCCCUUCCUCUGGCAGACAUACCAAAUAAAAAAAAAAUCUGUCUGUAAAAAGAACAAAAAGGAAAAUAAUGAGAAGUUGCUAUUUCAUGGGACAGCUGCAUCCUCACUGAGCACGAUCAACCACUGUGGAUUUAAUCGUGGAUUUGCUGGAAAGAAUGCUGCAGCCAUUGGAAACGGAACCUACUUUGCUGCUCAUGCAAGUUAUUCUGCUCAGAAUCAGUAUUCUGUUCCGGAUGGGAAUGGCAAAAAACACAUGUACUUGGCUCGGGUCCUCACUGGGGAGUACUGUGCUGGGAAGGCUGGACUAAUCACUCCACCACCAAAGAACCCAGCAGAUCCUACUGACCUGUAUGACAGCGUAGUUGAUAAUGUGUCUAAUCCAACAGUGUUUGUCAUUUUUAAUGACAUUCAGGCAUAUCCGGAAUACCUUAUUACUUUCAAAUAA